GGUUCCUAGCUACAGCCCUGUCGUCGACGCGCAGGCUUGCAUCGAUUUUGGUUGCUCAGCUGAUACAGUCUUCACCGUUGAAAUAUCGCAUAUCGUACACUAGGUUGACGUGUCUUCCGACGAUUCAUCAUCGCGACAGAGUUUUUUUUCUGACAGUUCUACAUAGCUAGUUCAAUUAUUGCUCCGAACAAGUUUAUCGAUAGAAUCAGCGGCAAUCCGGCAGUUCGUAAGUGUGUGUGCGUUUUUUGUGUCAGGGCUAUUCAACAUGCUCUCUUUAUGUGGAAACUGUUUUCGUCUGGCGUUUCCCGAAAUGUAAUUGUCGCCGAUAUGGCGUGGAAUUUCUCUCCCACGCGUGCCAGAGAGAAGCGUCAGAAGGAGUACGUAGAUGGUGAGAAACGGACGGCAUGUCUUCCAAAGAAGAGUCAUGAGACCUUCCUCGUCCUCGUCCAGCACGAGUUCCGGUUCCGCGUACACCAGCGCCGACGAUGCGCGGUGGGGGAGGAACCGGUCCCUCGAUUCAGAGGACGUCGGAACCGUCUGGCUCCUCGGUUCGACCCAUGUCUCGAGACUUCGAAUCCUCGAGAGAUUCAAAAUAAACAAAUCGCGACAUCGCGUACGAUCAUGCGCAAUCGUAACAAUCAGCACUAUUAUAGCUGCAUUAGUGAUCGCUGUAAUCGCUCUGAGUGUUUCCGGCACUUCGCAGAGCGACGAAUGCCCGCCCGACCCGGAAAGCGUGCAGCCGCCGUCGUGGAGCAAGUUGCGGACCUUUAAACGCGGCGCCGUUUGCGCGGAUGGAGCGCCGUGCGCUGUCAUCGGCAAAAACAUCUUGGAACAGAAUGGAUCGGCGGUGGACGCUGCCCUGGCCGCCUUGAUAUGCAACGGACUCGUCAACAUGCAAAGUCUAGGAUUCGGCGGCGGAUUCAUGAUGACCAUCUAUCGAAGAUCCACGCGUCAAGCUUUCGUCCUCAAUGCCAGGGAUCGCGCACCUUUGGCAGCCAAUUCUACGAUGUAUAAGGACAAGCCAAAUGCGUCUUUUUACGGCGCACUGGCAGUCGCAGUUCCUGGUGAAUUAGCUGGCUACUGGGAAGCUCAUCAACGAUUCGGUAAAUUGCCAUGGGCGGAUUUGUUCAAAGAAAGUAUUGAGCUCUGCGAAAAGGGCUAUGAAAUGACAGUGGCGCAAUAUGACAGCCUUGUGUAUAAUAAGAGAAGCAUUUAUAACGAUCCAACUCUAAGAGAAUUGUUUGUCGAUCCUGCGACUAACAAAUUCCGUAAAGCAGGAUCUUCCAUUAAACCCCGCGCGCUUUGCGAAACGCUGCGAAUCAUCGCCGAGAAGAAUGCGACCGAAUUUUAUAACGGCACGAUUGGGCGAAAUCUCGUCGAGGAUCUGCGCGAACAGGGAGGAAUUAUAACGAUGAGGGACCUUAAUGAAUACAGAGUUUCAUGGGAUCAACCGAUACAAACGAAUCUCUCGGACGACAUAAAACUCUUUACUACAGGAUUGCCCGGUAGCGGAGCUGUUCUGUCCUUUAUCCUCAACGUCCUCGACGGCUACGGCUUCACACCGGCUAGCAUGAUCGAUUUUAACACGACGAUCCUCACGUAUCACAGAAUGGUAGAGACCUUCAAGUACGCAUACGCGCUAAGGACGGAUCUAGGCGAUGGAGCUUUCGUCGAUAUGACCGAAAUAAUUAAAAACUUGACGUCGAGCAGCUUUGCACGCGCGAUACGAAAAAAAAUAAGCGACGAGAAAACCUGGCAGGAUCCGCAACAAUAUGGCUCUUCCAUCCACGCUGGUGCCGAGGAUCAUGGCACCGCACACGUAUCGGUGCUGACGGAAAACGGUGAUGCUGUGUCAGUUACCAGCACUAUUAAUUAUUAUUUUGGAAGCGGAGUAGUCAGCAGGAGAACCGGCAUUGUAUUGAAUAACGCCAUGGACGACUUCGGCAUUCCGUCGAGGAUCAAUUACUUUGGCGUACCGCCCAGUCCCAAUAAUUACAUCGCACCUAAGAAGCAGCCAUUGUCCUCGACGGUGCCAUCCGUGCUCGUCGAUCGGAACGGCGACGUCAAGAUGGUUGUGGGUGCAGCCGGUGGCACCAGAAUUACCACUGCAGUGUCUCAAGUGAUUGCGAAGAUCCUUUGGAUGAAACAGACAGUCAAAGAAGCCGUGGACUCGGCGAGGAUACAUCAUCAGCUGUUUCCACCAGUGAUAGCUUACGAGUACGGAGUUCCUAAGCAGGUGAUCGACGGCCUGAAGCGUCUAGGACACACCACGAAACGCUACAGAGAACGUGGCAGCGUAGUUUGUGUGAUACUUUACGAAAAUUCCACAAUCUUCGCGAACGCUGAUUACCGCAAAGGUGGUGAUGUUUACGGAAUUGAGUGAUGUACGUGUCGUAGAUAUUCCAUUACAUCCUCUUGCAAGUGCGAAACUUUUCGUGAACCGGCUUUGCCUAAACAAUCGUCGAUUAUCUCCUCGCGAUUAUUAUAACAUUAAUGUAUACGUGAUCGAUCAUGUUAUCACAUUCGCGUGUUUUUAAGAUCGCUACGCUGAUAUUAUUCAAUACAAUCUUGAUACGUUCCUCGCUCAUCAUCUAUGCAUUGAUUACAUUCUUCCUUCCAACUUCAGUAUUUUUUUCUCGAGUUUAUCAUACUCUUUUGAACUUUUGUAAGAGAUAUUUAGAUGUACAAAGGACAUAAUGUAAAUGCACGAAAAUUAACGAGUUCAAUUUUGAUCAUAUAGAAAUAUAUAUAUAUAUAUAUCCUUUUUAUACGAUUCGAUUUUUAACAUAUAACAUUGAUACAAUUCGCUUCGCGAGACGUGAUGCUUAUUGAACACUUCCUUGUUGCGCCUUUUAUAUAAAGUUUUGACAUCUCUCUCAGCAUUACUUCCUAUUUUAAAUUACUUCUCAUCAUCUGUAUCAUCUCAUCUGUCACUUCCAUGCAAUCUUAAGCUAAUCUCCUGUACCGUAUGAAAUGUUUCAAUAAAUUUUUCUAUAAUCUUA